AUGAUGGGUAUACUCAUGGAGACCGCCAACGGGAAUUUGGUCACCGCCAGCUACCGAGCGAGGGGAGCAGAGUCCGAGCUGUACGUCGCCAUGGGGGCUCCGGGGGAGGCGUAUUACACGGACACUUUGCACACGAUCGCCAUAAACACCAGGGAGACAGAGUUCGGCAGCCUAGUAGAGCCCGUGCCGAUCACGCUGAAGACUUUCGCGCCGUUCCACGGCCACGGCUUCGGUUUGCCGCAGUCGGUGAUAUCCCCGGUGCCUCCUGUCGCCCGGCCCGAGUACGACAGGCCUGUCGCCGUCCACAGGUCUGAGAAUGUCGGUGACAGGCCCGUCGCGACCAGCAGCAACCCUAGCCCGGCUAAGGAAGAGCCGAAAGACCAAAAAGUCGCCAGGCCUCCCAAAAAGAAGUGGAUCAAGGAGUAUCUAGAGGAGGAGCCGAAGUCGCCUGUGUCGGUGCGGGUGGUGAAUGGGGUGUCGGUGGCGCCGCGCAGCAACGGCGUGGUGCGCCCGACGACGCCGGUGUCGGUGGCCCCCCCCGCGCCCCACGCGCCUCCCGCGCCCCCCGCGCCGCCGGCCUUCGCGCUCGAGCCGCAAACCGUGGUUGCGCCCGACGACGCCGGUGUCGGUUCCGCGCCCCACGCGCCUCCCGCGCCCCCCGCGCCGCCGGCCUUCGCGCUCGAGCCGGUGACCGCGCCCGCCGUCCCGCCCCCCGCGUCCCUCCUCGACUUCGCACAAGAACAUUCCAGGCCGCGCACCACUAGCAACAGCCACGGACCCCCUCAGAUCCCCUCCCCACCAUCGGUCAGCAGCAGCGGUAGCGGCAGCAGUGGUAGCGCGCCACGCGCUGGCACACGGGAGGUGCACAACAAACUCGAGAAGAACCGACGGGCCCAUCUGAAGGAGUGCUUCGAGCUCCUCAAGAGGCAGCUGCCUGCCACACCCGACGACAAGAAGACCUCCAAUCUCUCCAUCCUCGGCUCUGCCAUCCGAUACAUUCAGGUACUUCGUCGGAAAGAGCGCGAGUGCGAACACGAGAUGGAAAGACUGGCCCGAGAAAAGAUCGCCGCGCAACAACGGCUCGCCGCUCUGAGAAGAGAAGUUUCUGUACGGGCAUCCGUGCGGCCCCGUAUUAUCGAUGGCGUAGAAGAGAAGGAUGUUGGUGUAAACGGUCAAGUUUUAGGCAUACCAAUUAGUAUUACUUCAUCUCCACCACGGUCUUUAUCUCAAAUGGAGUCGUCACCCCCCCGUACCCUAAACUUGAGUACGAAGUUGCGCACGCUGCCGAUACAAAUCACUCCAACCACUUCGCAGGUCCUUCGAACUUCAUAUGGCGCUAGGCAUAAUACCUUAACCCUAACAACACUCGCGCCAGCUGAAUCUAAUACACAGAACGGGCAAGCGGUGGAAAACGGUGUCACAAAUACACUCAGCACUACAACCUUAGUACAUCCCGCUCAAAUUCAUCUGCCUAUUUCUCAGGUGGUUGGUAGUGGAGGCUUGGUGGUCGGACCCGCAGCCUUACAACUGCUCUCGGCCGGUGGGGGGCUGCGAGUUUUGCAAGCGCCUUCAGUUCAUACGAACGGUGUAGUAACGACCGAGAACAACAGGAUACCAAAAGAAAAUGGUGUAGUGUCCCCACCGCCAGCUUCUACAGAUGGUGGGGGCGUGGUCGUAAGCGGGCUCUCACCGCUGGUAAUGUCGCAGCCUGGCACGCAUCUCCUGCAAACUCACACGCUCACACACAAGAUGGUAGAAACCCAGAUGGUCAAGGGAAGUGUGGCGCCACUGACGGUGAGCGCUCAGUACUUGAGCGCUACUACUAUCGUGAAGCCGGUAGUAGUGAUGUCCAGCUCCCACUCGCCUCCCGCCCCAUCCACG